AGGUGGCCCAAAGGUUCGCAUACCUAAAAGAGGAGAGAAGGACUUUGAGCCCGCUGGUUCUCGGCUGCAAGAUUAUACUCUGAGUCAAUCGCGCGAAGCAAUGGUGGACGCCCUUAAAGGGGUACGAGGAACUUCAAGUAAGAAUAUGUCAUAUGCUGUGUGGCUGCCUGGGCUGUCCAGAGCCCAGGUCUUCCAAUCUCGCGGUAUCCACUUCAACAACAUGGGCCAUUCUGUUCGACGUUUGGUUAAAUAUGAUCCCGGAGAGAAGCCAAGGACAGUGACAAGGCUUGAAUUGUUACCCGAAGAAGCCUUGUAUCUUCUCGAACGUGGUACAUUGACAUGCUAUAAGGCGACUUCAAACGACGAGGGGGACGCGUUGUCGGAUCCUUCUAAUAUUGCGUCGCUAUUGGCUUCGGGGGCUACCAUUUCUGCUCAGCAAGCGUACGCCGAGUUUAUCGGUACAGAAGACUUAACAUUAGAGAGGUAUCAGUGCUACGCAUACCUGAAACGUCUGGGUUUUAUUAUUACUAGAGCAGUCUCUCCACUAUCGUCCCCCUCAUAUCCCCAACCGCCCCCAUAUGCACCCUCUAUCUGGAAGACUAUUCUCAGUUGUCUGCAACGAGUUCGAUCGCACCUCACCCAGAUAUUUGUCUGUCCACAUCACACGGAUGCUGGCCAUUUAAACCCAUUAAGUACUACUCGACCUAUUAAUUCCUCUCCCUACAAGAUAUUCUAUCACAUGUGGAAACCGAAUUCGGCUUGGAAGAAAACUGCACCACCGUAUCCCGAUUUUGAACUUAUCGUGAUUGAUGGUCGUACAACUCCUAUCCCGUCAAUAUAUGAAUUAACGACGGUAUUUGGGAUGCUCCCACAAAAUCCUCCACGCCCGCCGCCUGCACCCCUUGGUCUUACAUUAAAGAACCUACUAACGCUUGCAUGGCUUAAAGGAAAGCUAUUUCCACCAAAACCUGUGCUACCCACCCCCCACCCGUUUGCUGCAAUUCGGGCAGGUCAUAAGAGCGUAGUAAUUGGAGUUGUCGAUGCAGGAACGUUAUCAUUCUUUAGAUUUGCACAGGGUUGCUUCGAGGAAUGGCCGAUGAUGUAGAAUAAAUAACAAGGCACCGUGUGCGAAUACUAUACAUGCGAGGUCGCCCUCGUAUUAUGGCAAUUAAAAUGGUAGUACAGUG